AUGAAUUCUCUAAAUAUUCUUGUUUGGAACUGUCGAGGGGUAGGCAAUAGUGCUUUUAAGCGCAAUAUGCGAGAACUUAUCAGCACCCAUAAACCGGAGAGACUCAUCCUUAUGGAAACCAAAGUUCCAUUCAGUUCAAUGGGGAACUACUUCAACAAUAUGGGGUUUACUGCUGCAACAAUAGUGGACACAAUAGGAAGAGCUGGCGGCAUUUGGCUACUCUGGGACACUGCCCAUGUCAGUAUAAGAGCGUCACACGCAACUAACCAAGUUAUUCAGGCCACAAUCCACAAAGAAGACUAUGAAGAAUGGAUCUUAUCUGCAGUUUACGCUAGCCCCCACCCCUCCCAAGGAGAUGAACUCUGGAACAAUCUGGAGGAGACAACUAGGAGUAUGGAGAAACCCUGGUUGGUUGCGGUUGAUUUUAAUGACUACACCAACCACAAUGAAAGGAGAAGCUUUUCUCCUCACUACAAUCAUAACCGAACCCAGAAAUUUGCUGAGCGAAUCAAUAACUGUAUGCAUCCUUCUACCCCUACUUCUAGGCCUUUUAGAUUUGAAGCAGCUUGGCUCUGCCACCCUUCUUUCUCGGAUGUUGUUAAAAAGUCUUGGACCAAUAUGGAUUCUAAUCUGGUUGAGGCCAUUAAUGGCUUCACCCAUGAUGUUAAAAAUUGGAACAAAGAAGUCUUUGGGAAUGUGUAUAAGCGUAAGCGAAACCUAUUAGCCCAAAUAGAAGGAAUUCAGAAAUCUCAAACUCAUGGGUUUUCCCAUAAUCUGCACCUCCUUGAAAAUAACCUCAUUAAGCAGUACAACAUGACCUUAUUUCAAGAGGAACUCAUUUGGUUUCAAAAGUCCAAGGUUAAAUGGCUUACCAUGGGGGAUAGGAAUACCAAAUUCUUUCAUAUAUCUACCCUCAAUAAAUGUAGGAAACUUAAAAUUAAUAUGAUUAAGGAUAGUGCUGGUAAUUGGCUUUCUAAUUCUGAGAAUAUCAAAAAUCACAUUAUCCAAUAUUUCAAUGAUCUGUUUAAACAUGAGGUUACUCCUAUGUUGGAUAACUGGAAAAGUAUCACUCAUACUGGUUUUACUCAAGAUAAUAAUGUUACUCUUCAAGCUCCCAUCACUAACCAUGAAAUCUGGAAUGCCAUUAAAAAUAUUAAAGCCUUUAAAGCUCCUGGUAGAGAUGGGUUGCAAGCUGUCUUCUUUCACCAAAACUGGAAUAUAGUUGGUCCAUCCAUGUGCAAUUUUGUCAAACAGUGUUUUUCCACCCAGACCAUCCCUGAAGAGGUCAAUGCAAAAUAG